UAUAAAAGGCUUAAAUAAUAGAUUCCGGCUAAUUAUUUUCAAUAGCGUUCAUUAAUCAUUGAUUAUCCAAAUACCUUGCCUGGAAUUUCUGGCCAAAAACUCAGAAAGGUAUUCGUCAGAUCAAGUUAUGGUAGCAUCAGCACCAAUACAGAGAGCAGGUUACUUAUACAUCUCUUGCCUUUAUACUUUCAUAUUGUGAGCGAGACAACAAGAUAACUUAUAGGGAAUGUGCAAAGCCAAGAUAUUCCUCUAUCUAGUACUUAAAAAUGAACAUUAGGGACGGACUGGUAAGAUUUUGCAUUAAAAACCAAACUGGGUAGUUAUGGCUUCAUUCUAUUGUCUGAGCUGAUUAAAAAGUAGGUACAGAGACUAUAGUAGUCGUUCUCUGUGUAAUCAGCAGGAUAACCCAAAUCAGCACUUACCUUGUCUCGCUCAAAAUCAAAGAGGCCAUGGGAGUCUCUGUCUCAUAUGGAGCAUGUUACUAGAUGGCUAACAUGAGGCUGGAGCUCAGAAUGAGUUCCAUCUCUAUAGAAACAAAUUUCGAGCUCCAGCUUCUUUCUUCCUCUGCAAUCCCCAAAAGAUAGCUGUGACACCUACAUCUCCUUCUUCCCAUUUUUAAGUAUUUCCCCAUUU